AUUACUUUAUGCUAAAAAUACGGUUUAGCUUCUGAUUUGUCAGUGAGAGCUAAGAUGAAGUUGUCCACUUACGGCGCUCUACUGUUCCUCUCGGUAGCGGGGACGACAUUUCUGCGUGCGAUGGCGGACUGUGCGUGGGACAAGGACACGGAGUUCCCCGCCCCGUACCCGCCGCUGCUCUUCAGUGUCGCCGCUGAGCGCACGGUGCUACCCGUGCUGGAAGGUGGCAACAGAGUCGUCAAACUGACCGAGGGAGAAGAGGUGAUCGCAGCGUGUCCGGGCACCACGAUCGAUGCCUUAGGGCUGGAAGCUGUCACAGCCACUUGCUCUUCCAACACGCUUCUCAUCGACGCGCAGGACUGGAAUAUGACGGAGCUUGGCUGCACGUCGCGACCAAAAGAAAGUCUCCAGAAGAACUUGGGGCCGUGCGGCACCGGGGGAGAUAUGCAUCAGAUUGGCUUUGAUGUCCUGGGCUAUGGUUUCUACUCAACGAUCACAGUGUGUUUCGAUCCUAUUUUCGAGACCAAUCUUUUCUCGUACCACAUUGUGCGAGGAGAAAAUAUUGCAGCUAGAGACCCAAACCCAAGCACACCGAGCGUCAAGAGUGACACAGGCUUUUUCACCGUCUCUGCCAACACCUGCUACAUGCAGGCGUCGCAGAUCACCCUCAUGGAAACAAUCCUUGGAGACUCGAGUGUGAUCAACGUGAACCAGAGUCUAUACUUCGCACGAAAUCUCUUGGCAACGGGUACGGACUUUGUGACGGAACAAGAGCAGGAUGCAGGAUACUAUUACAUAAACGCUGCACCGCUCUGGCAGACCAUCAAUAACGGCAACUGGAAGUAUCUGGAGUCCAGCGUGCGCGAUAUGGCAGCGGCUCACGGCUCCGACAUCGCCGUGUGGUGCGGAGGCUGGGAUGUCCUCCAGCUGGACGACGUCAAUGGCAACCCUGUUGACAUAUUCCUGGGACUAACUCAAAAUGAAACGGUCAUUCCUGCGCCCGAUGUUUUAUGGAAGGUUGUUUUUGAUCCGUCCUCAAACGAAGCGGCCGCUAUCGUCGGCGUGAACAACCCUUACCUAAAGAUUGUUGCCCCCUUGCUGUGUCCGGGCGGCAGCAUUUGUGACCAGCUAACUUGGCUUCAUGGCAUUAAUUACAGCGACUACGAGGCUGGCGCCAUCUACUGCUGCACAGUGCAAGACCUUGCCACUGCUAUUCCUAACGUCCCUGAUUUGGGCUCGGCGGGACUUCUAACCGCCUAAUAACGAAUAGCGCUGUGUAUUUUACAAUAGAGUUCCAUAUAAUCACGCUUCAUUAUUUCAUGUAAUUUCAAAAACUUUGUUCGUGUAAAACAUUACUGAUGCAAACUACCUUAUAAUGCAAUAUUAGAAAUUAUUAAUUUUCA